GAAAACCCUUCUUCCGGCUUCCCCUAAACAACACAUUUUGUAAUUUUAAAACUCUGAAUUUCCGAUCGGUUUUCUGUUUUCUUCAAAGAUUUCUCUCUUCCCGGAAAAGAGAGUGGGGAAGGUUAUUCUCGAUUUCCUUCCCACGCCCUGGGGAUUUCUGAUUUGGGGAUUUAAGGAUUUUUGAAAAAUUCUCAGCUAAUUUAUGGUUUUCUUCUUCAAUCUCUGAAUCUUUACCUUCUUCCUUCCUUCCUUCUCAAUGGAGUUUACCAUAUCCGAUGAAUUGCUGGGUACUUUUGUCCCGAUUUUCGUCUAUUGGUUGUAUUCUGGGAUAUAUGUGCUUCUCGGGUUCUUUGAGAAUUACCGAUUGCACUCCAAGAAAGACGAGGAUGAGAAGAACUUAGUUUCAAAAGCCACUGUGGUUCGAGGCGUUCUCUUUCAACAAUUUAUUCAGGCCAUCGUCGCCAUCAUCCUCUUUAAGGUGACUGGAAAUGAUGAUGGGAGCAGUGCAGUUCCAAAAUCCUGGCCAAUGGUUGUUUUACAAUUCUUAACUGCAAUGUUCGUAUUGGACACAUGGCAGUACUUUGCACACAGAUACAUGCAUCAUAACAAGUUUCUGUACAGAUACAUUCAUUCUCAGCACCAUAGGCUUGUUGUUCCGUAUGCAUUUGGGGCUUUGUAUAAUCAUCCUGUGGAAGGUCUACUGCUUGACACGAUCGGUGGGGCGUUGUCGUUUCUAGUAUCUGGUAUGACUCCCAGAGUCUCCAUCUUCUUCUUUUCCUUUGCCACUAUCAAGACCGUAGACGAUCACUGUGGAUUAUGGCUGCCCGGAAACCUCUUCCAUGUCUUGUUUCGCAACAAUACGGCCUAUCACGACGUCCACCAUCAGCUAUAUGGCAGCAAGUAUAACUUCUCACAGCCCUUCUUUGUUACAUGGGAUAGAAUACUUGGUACCUAUAUGCCCUACUCCUUGGAGAAGAGAGCAGGCGGUGGCUUUGAAGCACGGCCAAAGAUUGAAUAAAUAUUGUAAGCAGCAAUCAGUUGCUUAUAUUAUAUUAUUUGUAUCCCACAACAAUAUAAUUUGUAUAUUACUCCUAUUGGUCUUUUUAUACUUUUGUCCCCCUUUCUUUUCCCUAACAUAGAUUUGAAACAUGAGCUGAGUUAGGUUGUGUUUUGAUAUAUAUAUAUUUUCUUUUCUUUUGGCUUUCA